AUGGGCACUCGGUCGCUGGGGAAUUGCUCAUCGCUAGUCAAGGAUGAUGAUCUUUCCCCCGCGGGACGAGAAGGUGGGCUGCGCGCACCGCAGAAAGCCACGCGGAGAGAGCGAGCUCCAAGACCGAACUGCUCCGUGUAUUUUAUUGAGCCGCUUGCUUGGGUGAUCCAGCAAGUAGUGGAAAGUCGGAGUGAGCAAGGAAUUCUCCGAUGUUGGAACCCGCUUUGCGGAGUGAAGAUUGGGACAUUCGGAUUAAAGUCCACGUAUCAAUGUAGUUGUGGCUUUUUAACCUCCACGUACUUCGCCGUGGAGAUAAAGCGAUUAUUUAGAUGACUCUCCUUUAUGGCGACAUACA